CAGUGAUUUGGUAUCCCUCACACUGAACGCUCGCCUGGAUGUAAAUAUCAACUAUGUGAUCCUGCAUGUGGAGCAGCCCAAAGCUGUGGGUGUAUAUUAGAGGCAUUACUUGUGGUUGGCUAGAGUGCUGUAUAUUCAUAUAUCUAUAUUCAUAUUGCUGUAAAGAAAUUCUUGACCACUUCACAGUCAUCCGGAGUGGAGAUGAGCUAACCCAUGGACUAGUAGAUCAGAAGAUACCAGGAAUAACCACCUAUACAGUACACAUUAACAACACCCAGAAACAUCUAUCCAGGAUCUCCUGGACUACUAUUAGCAGAGCAUCAUUUCAAGCCAACUAGGAAUCCCAAAGAUCUUGCCACAAAUUCAGCAAGGACCACCUGAACAAUUUAAUCAGUAGUAGCUAUUCGUGACAGUUAUAUUUUAACCAUAAGUCAAGACCUCCUUCUGUCAUCUACGAAUCCUAGCAGAAUCAGACACCCAACACUCCAGGGCCACCUGGAUAGUAAUUUAGAACCAACUACUCUGAAAGAAGACUCACACAGCUGAUACAGUAAGUCAGACCAACAGUGCCCUGGAACUGACAGACCUGAUCAUCGCAGGAGAUAGGAGCCUAUCUAUACAUCUUUCUUCUUCCAAUCUCUUAAAUCUUAGAGGACACGAAGAAUGUGGCUUUUGGAGAGAAUCCGUGGAACUGUAGACCACAGUAGUGGGCGCCAAUCAGGAGAUUCAGCUGACAAGUCUAAGGGUGGGUCAUACAGCAAUGUGCUGACUCCAGACAAGAUCCCAGACUUCUUCAUUCCUCCCAAACUUAGCAGUGUCCCAGCAGAAGGUGGAGGGGCUGAGGGAGUUUCAUCAGGAGAUGGUGUCUCUUCUAAACCAAACCUGGGGUCAUCUGCUUCUGAGCAGAACUUAUCAAGCCGACGUCCUCAGCGCAGUCCCCGUCUUCCUGCAAAAGCCACAUCAGAGAGCCGCAAUUUACUAAAGGCUGCCAACCGCCAUAUUAUUCAAAUAGAGAGUGCAGAUGAGUGGGCAUCAGAAGAGGAUCUAGGCACAAAUGCUGAUCCUCAAUCCCAGACAGCUAUGUCUCUUUCAUAUGUUCCCAAAGCACAGACUUCAUAUGGUUUUGUGACUCUAAUGGAAAGCCCACACACUCGUCGAAAGGAGUCCCUCUUUCACAGCGAGCAGGGAUCACUCUCUCCCUGCCCAUCUCAGUCAAGUUCUCCUAGUUCUCAGAGAAGGAGUGGAACAGAUGGGGGUGGAGGAUCCCAACUUAAUCCUUCAGAUUUUGGCAUGUCUUUGAUGAAUCCAUAUCGUUAUUUCAGUGGAGGGGAGAGUGAUACCUGCUCUUCAGCAGAAUCUUCGCCCUUCAGCUCCCCACUGUUGUCCAGGUCAGUCUCUCUGCUCAAGAUAUUUACUCCAGACACUCAGUCCAAACUCAUGAAGCUGAAACACUCAGUUGCCCGUAACAGUUCACUUUCCACAGAUGAAUGUAGUUCUGCAGACACCAGUCCAAGUAUGCCUAGGAGAAGACUGCGGAGUGCUAAAGGAGCUGGCAUUGGUAGUGGCCAGCAAGGAGUGCUUCCUCUGGACCUCUUGCAGAAGGAACACACUCUUGGACUUAGCAAAGGUGGUAGUAUGAGGUUGGUGGCAGAGUAUGACCCUACAAAUGCCAGGCUUAGAGUAAGGUUGAUUGCAGCAAUUUUUGACAAAAUUUGUGACCCCAAGGGGGUGAAUUGCUGUGUAGUUCUCUAUCUGAACCCAGGAAAGGUUCAUCGACAGAGAAGUACCAUUAUCAAAAACAGUCGAAACCCAGUCUUCAAUGAAGAUUUCUUCUUUGAUGGGUUAGUUGCUGGAAGUGCUAAAAAGAUGUCACUUAAACUAAAGGUGCUGAAUAAGGGAAGUAGUCUGAAGCGGGACACUCUGCUUGGGGAGAAGGAGGUGCCUCUAACUGUUUUGCUGCCCUUCCUUUGAGACUAGUAGACAGUAGAUAUAGUGUGUGUGCUUCAGAGGGAGGUGACUUGCUGUUCUCUGCGUCUGUGGCACUAAUAGGGCAACGGAACAGCAGAGCAUACUCUACAACUGUGUAUGGUCAAAGUGUGGUUUCCUGCAGAGAACUGCCUUUUACUACCAAAGGACAGCUGCACAUUUUACUCCUGCAGAGCAUGGCAUUUCUUUAGCAAAAGUCUACACACCCAUAAAGAGAAACCUGCUUAGCAAAGAGCUUCCAGUAAUUUAUUAAAACAAAAAAAAAAUGAAAAAUAUCAUAAAUAUUACAGACAUGCUGAUUGCUUUCUCACUUAAGAAAGCAAUGGAUAACUGCAAAGUACUGCACUGUACUACAGAAUCAUCCAGUGUUGUAGAAAAUGAUGUUUAUACAGACUGCAAACAGUAAAUAGAACCAAGAUGAUCUGAUGAGCAUUACAGACCUGCUGUAGACCAUCACUGCAUCCUACCUAAACCUGUUUAGUCUUAUGAACUUGGAACCAUUUUACUGCUCCUGCUGUCUGGGAAAAAUAAUCAAGGGGAAGAAUGAUUUAUACUUAGUCAAGAGAAAAUAAAUAUACAUUCCAUUUCCUUUAUUAUCUCCAGACAGUGUGGUCAACAUAAGAAGCUUCAAGGCUCUGUCACUCAGGAACCAUCUGAUAAACUACAACAUUUCCGUUUUGCAGCUUGAGGGCAAUCUAUCAAGAUCUGUUCCAUAUGGACAGGCACCUUGUUACCAGUACCCAGGCAGUAAUCAGUAAUUGCUUUUUUGUAACAUGUAAUUGUAAUAUAACCACAGGCUGGAGAUCAUGUCACACACUGUGACAUUUAUUGGGAAUUGUGAGAAUAAUAAACACCUAAGAGACCUGCAUUGUCUCUUCUCCUGGCAAAAUACCCCAUGCCACCAUAGUAAAGUGGAGUAUACCUAAUGUAUACCUGAAUAUCUAUAGCAUACCUAUAGUAUAUGAUGGAAAUCUAUGAAAUGCAAUAGUACCUACGCUUGUAAAUGCCAGGCAGAUAUCAAUGUCUUGUAAUGGACAAAGGCACAACCUCAACUUUGCAUUGCAUGAAAGGAUAUCAUUAUGAUUCUUGAAGAUACAGUAUGUAGUUGUAAGUGUUCACUUAUUCAGAUGUUUUAAAUGAGAUAUCUCCUUUGCUAGGCAAUAUGAAUUAAGUGAGAUAACAUUUCUGUUCUAACUGAUCUUCUCAGUCUCAAUGUUUCUUCAUUUCUGCUUUUGUCUUUCCAUUUCUUGUUCUGAUUUAGCCCUAUCCAGUCUCGGUUUCUUUGACACAAAACAGAUGGCACUUGCCUUUAAUGUGUAUUUUGUUUAAAUAGCUUAUUUGUAGCCCAGCAAUAUACCCUCCUCCCUUACCAAUUUAUAUGUAAAUAUAGUAUUAUGCAUGGUAUUUUUACUUAUCUGCAUGGAUCUCUCUAAAUUUUCACUUUCUUACCUCUGUGGUUCCUGAUUAUGGUCUUUUUUUGUUUUUUUACUAAAGGAGAGUAUAAAGUAAUUUUUAUAUGUCUGAAUGUCUGCAAGUAGGGUUAACAUGACAGCAAUUAGAAAGAGCACAAAUCUAGGAAACCUUUUUAACGAAAACCAGAACAAUACUGUACUUUCAAUUUCUUAUAAGCAGCCUUCGUAGACAUAGAAUGGUAGCUAGAUUAAUUACUAGGGAUGCUCCAAAAUCUCUAUUUUGGGACUGGGAUAAUCUUUAAUGCAAAUAAGGGCCAGAAAGGGUCACAAGGAACUGUGCAUUAUAAAAAUUACAUCUACCUUAUUUGUCUGAUGAAAAGUCACAUGAUUUUAAGGAUUUGGUUUUGGUUUGGCCAGGAACUUGGAUACGGCAGAAUCUGAACCCUGCUGAAAAAGGCCAAAUCCUGGCCUCCUCUGCUUACUCCUAGUUCUGGCCCUGAGUCUGAGCUAAGCCAGGAAACCCUAAAUAAUACCACUGUUUUAUCUAAAUAUUUUUGAUUAAUUUUAAAGAUACCAAUUAAAAAAUAAAUCUGCUAUGUGCAUUUAUCAAACGUGCCUUGCUUUAAAUAAGCCACCUUAAACUUCAGAUAGCAUUUCUUACAUGCACAUUCUUAAGGCUUGAGCUCCUGUACCAAACUGUCAAUGUAAAAAAAGUAUUUCUUUUGUUAUCAGUAACAAAAAUGUUCAUGACCAUUUUGUAACAGGUGAACAGUGACUUUUUGCCUGUUGCUAAAUGGUGCCCUUAAAAUAACAAAGUUGUGGUACUGAGGUUCUUAUGAGGUUCACAUAACUCGGGUAUAGAGCAUUAUUGUUCUGAACCAAGAGGAUGGCAAUAGCAAAACUCUAUCUAAUUGAUCAGCAGAGAAGAUAAGACACCUUGACAUUCCCCAAAGGGUGUUAAAAUAGAGGCAGCGGCACAGCGUCUCCUGAGUGUCUCAAAUAUAAAGGGCACGACUAAUGCUCAUUUUUAUUGUAUUUAUGCAAAACAGAGUAUCUCCCUUUUUCAGGUGAGGGGCCCUAAAAAUAUUUUACUGUGAAGCACUGCAAUCUCUAGUUGUGCCCCCUUUCAUGUAUUACUGUUGCACAAAUUGUAUGACACUUCACAGGACUGUUGAUGUCAGACACAGAAUCUUUGGGUUGUAUAUAUCACUAUUAGUAUAAUAGCUGGACACCUCUAAAUUGUUCCAUAUGUACUGUAUCAUCAAAAAAACUUUCCAUAGAAAUUAGAACAUUAUCAGGGGUUCAGCAGCAAGUGGGGGCUAAUACAAAGUAUGUGAUAACCCAUACAACACAAUUCCAACAGAACUGCACUUACUUUGCCUUAUCAUAUCAUUAUCAUUAGCCAUAAUUUACAUAUUCGAUUCUGACAUUUUCAAAAACUGCAUCAUAUGUGAACACAGAUUUGUUCAAAGUUCAAAGGCUUGUGGAGUUUAAAGGAAAGUGAAAGUGUUUUAAAGUAAUGAAAAUAUCAUGUACUGCUGCCCUGCACUGGUAAAACAGAUCUGUUUG